GUCAAAAUCUGAGACACACGGAAGUGGUUUGAAUUGACACGUGUUUCUGUUCUUGGGCACCAAAACAUACAGCACUGUUGCAGCAUCGUCAUUGACCCUUUUUUCCAAGCUGUGUUUGUGUUAAUCAUGGAGAAUUAUACUGGAGAACUUGUUAAUCAUGGAGAACUGAAAUGUCAUUUAUGUCCUUGAUAUAUUAAACCCGACCACUUUUAUUGUAUCACACAUGAGCCAGCAGUCAGUCAUGCAGCAAAGCAGUGCUGUUACUCGAUACCUCAUCUUCUUUCAAUACCUAGGAACCAAAUACAGUGGGGUGAUGAAGGCUCCUCCUCAUCAGCCUCUGCAGGGAGUGCAGAAUCAUUUAGAGGACGCAGUGCGAAGACUGAAGCCUGUAAAUGAAGUGUCUGUGUGCAUCUCCAGUCGCACCGACACCGGUGUGCAUGCGCUCUGUAACUCUGCACAUCUAGACAUCCAGCGUAGAGGAGACAAACCUCCCUUCACUGAACAAGUCCUGACUGAUGCCUUAAACUUCUUAUUAAAACCAGAGCCUAUCAGAAUCACAAGAGUCUACUGCGUACAGAAAAACUUUCACGCACGCCACCGAGCCAUAUCAAGAUCCUACGUCUACCGCUUGGCCACAGGACUCCGUCGUCACACCGAACUGCCCAUAACAGAGAAGGAUUUGUGCUGGACGUUACAGGACAUGGAGCUGAAUGUAGACGCCAUGCGAGAGGCGGGAGCCGCGUUCCAUGGAACGCACGAUUUCAGUACUUUCCGUGCGCUCAGCUCAGACGCUCCGUUCAAGAACCCGGUGAAGACCAUGGAGCUGGUGCAGGUAGAGCCGGGCCUCUCCUUUAGCCAGCGUCACUUUCAUAGAGACGUCCAGUUUUGGGAGCUCACCUUUAAAAGUAGGUCCUUUUUAUACAAACAAACUGGAAAUAGAAGCAGUUACAUAACCGACCUCGGGGCUCUGCAAAUCACACAGUUCUGCUAAAUGUGUCUUUUAGUGUAAUAAAGUCAGUUUAAUGGAGGAAGUCCACUGAAUUCUUAAUCAGGAUAUUUUUGGCACAAAACUUGUUAGAAAUUUAUGACAAAUUAUGGCUAUCGACCACCUCUAUCGAACAGAUUAUUUAUUCUAGCUUAUGAUUUGAAACGCAACAAAAUCAUUCUCAGGAUUUCAGCAAUAUCAUAAACCUGUGGUCUAAACUGAAGCAGGGAGAUGGCAUGCACCAAAACCUAAGAAUAUGAAAGAGCUUAAAAUAUUCUGCACGGAGGAGUGAACCAGAUCCCUCUCCAACCUUGUUAGAGUUACAGGAAAAAGCUCACUGCCGUUAUUCUCUAUUGGCUUCACCAAACAUUUCCAAUCUAUACUUGAACAAUAAUACUGUAAAGUGUCCCCAUAAUGUUUAAGCAGAAAACACCACUUGCAUGUUGUUAGAAUUUAUUUUUUGGGUGUUUUGUGGAAGUGAAUGAGAGAUUGUAUUGGCUCAGGUGCGGAGGAUGGUCGGGGCGUUGGUUGCGGUCGGCCGGGGUAAACUGUCUGUUAGUCAGAUUCACGACCUGUUAGACAGCAGGGACACCAUGGCCUACCCUCAAAACAUGACCGCUC